GGGUCACUAUUACUAAGCCUCAUCAGCAAGCUUAGUGUGUAACCACGUCGUUUUAUCAACUCGCAGCCCAUUAUCUCUCAACAAUAUCCAUGGUAAACUUUGCGGAGCUCAAGCAGAAGGCAGAGAAGGCCAAAGAUGCGGGCGUCACAAAGAUGGUGAACACAAGGGAUAAAUAUUCCAGUGUUCCCUCUUCAAAAACGAAUUGGGAUCCUAACUGGAAACGUGCACCUCCACCUGCUCCAGCAGGGUCGUCGGGUAAUGGGCCUCCACCGCCUCCGCUGCGAACACGUCCAGAUGCUUCUGGAAGCUCAAGAAGCUCUGUUGUUUCACCCCCUCCUCCCCUGGCUCACGGCUCACGGCCCGGUGCUCCUUCCCCACCAUCUUAUAGCCACAUUUCUCCUCCACCCACACGCGCUAAGAGCUCUUACCCAUCUCAGACGAGAUCAACUGAUCAAGUGGAUCACAUAGAUUGGGCGAAUUUGUCACAGGAAGACAAGGAUGAAUUUUUUAGCUGGCUGGACGAAUUUUUCUCCCGAUAUCUCGAUAUCGCUCUGCCUUCCACUGCAGGAAUGAAAGGAAGUCCUGCGGUCACAGUACAGUCAGCUGGACCUCCGCCGGUUAAUCUCAAUUCACGACCGUCCUGGUGAAUGACCACUUUUAUCUGGUACUGCGCCUCCGUACUGUUUACUUCAUUGUGAACCACUUCCGUGAAAU